AUGACCACCAUGGAGUUGCCAUCUGCGAGACCCUAUGCCUUCAAGUGGAAACCGGAGACGACGGCGUUGCUCAUCAUCGACAUGCAGCGAGACUUUGUGGAUUUUGGAGGCUUCGGCGAGAUACAAUGUGGGCAGAUGGAUCUCUUCAAGAAAGUCAGAAACAUUGUCCCCAAGAUCCAAAAAGCGCUAGAAGCGGCUCGUGGACUUGGAAUGCAUGUAAUACACACUCGAGAAGGUCACGAGUCCUCCGCAGCCAAACACCUGCCGGCAUCCAAGCGACUACGACAGAUUUCGUCGCCUUCGGGACAUCAUACGAUGACCAUUGGGGAUGAAGGUCCGAUGGGGAAACUGCUUAUUCGAGGAGAAUAUGGCCACGAUAUCAUCGAUGAGCUAAAGCCUCUCCCGAGCGAAGUUAUUGUUGACAAGCCGGGAAAAGGCUCCUUUUGGAACACCACUCUUCACCGAGCAUUACUGGCCCGUGGAAUCACCCAUCUUAUGUUUGCCGGAGUGACUACGGAAUGCUGCGUCAACACCACUGCACGAGAAGCUGCUGAUCGAGGCUUUGAGACUUGCAUACUUGCAGACUGUACGGAUGGCUUUUACGAACCUUUCUACACCAGCACCCUGGACAUGCUUUGCUCUUAUGAUGGUCUGUUUGGCUUCGUGGGAACUUCGGAGGAGUUCAUCACUCAAGCACCAGUGGCGAUACAGACGCCUCCCACUACACCACCAGCUUUUAGWAAUGACCUGUCUUUGGAAGGCCUUGGUCGAAAGUACAGGAACCGCCAGCUGCGACCUACGGACAUUGUUCAAGAGGUCUCGUCCCGGAUUACCAGCUACAAGUCGAAAGAUCCUGCGAUCUGGACUUUCGUCCGGUCUGCCGAGGAUUUGCUCGCAGCGGCCAGAGCCAUUGAGGAGCGCUUCGAAGGAAAGCCUCUACCUGAGCUCUACGGCGUUCCUUUUGCAGUAAAGGACAACAUCGAUGUUGCAUCUGUACCGACUACAGCAGCGUGUGAAUCGUAUGCUUACACUCCCACCGAAGACGCAAAAGUCGUGGCUGCUCUCCUCGACGCGGGAGCAAUAUUCGUCGGCAAGACAAAUCUCGACCAACUCGCUACGGGUCUAUCUGGCUGUAGAUCACCAUUUGGUAACCCGAAAAGUGUGUUUGGAAAUGGAAGGAUCUCUGGUGGCUCUUCAUCUGGUUCUGCAGUCGCGGUUGCAGCUGGGCUGGUAUCUUUCGCUCUCGGCACCGAUACAGCAGGGUCGGGAAGAGUACCAGCAGCAUACAAUGGUAUCACAGGCUUCAAACCUACCAAAGGAACUCUGAGCUCCAAAGGCCUGGUUCCCGCUUGCAAGAGCCUUGACACCAUUUCAAUCCUCACGCCCACAUUGGAGGAGGCAAGAAAGGUGUGGCUCGUUGCAGACCAGGGACCUGAUAUGGAUGACAUGUACGCAAAGACGCAGCAAUCUUUACCCCUUUGGCAUGCAGACUUCCGGGGUAUCAAAUCGGGUGGCUUCACCUUUGGUGUUCCACCACAACAUGCACUAGCAGAGUGCACUGAGACUUACCAAAAGCUCUUUGCACAAGCUGUAGAGAGACUUGAGCGGGCGGGCGGAAUAGCAAGAGAUCUGGACUGGACUCCUUUUGAAGGCGGCAGCAAUCUCCUGUACGAUGCAUCGUUGGUACAAGAGCGUGUCGCGUGCAUAGGCGCAGAAUUUCUCACAAAUAACCUUGAGAAGCUACAUCCGGCAACAAAGGGCCUCUACGCCGCAGCGUUGAACAAAGAUGUCAAGCCUUGGGAAGUGUUCCGUGACUUGCACCUGCAAGCAGAAUACACUCGUGAUGCAGCGACAAUCUUCGAGGACAUAGAUGUUCUCCUUGUACCAAGUACCACAUGCCAUCCGACGAUUGAAGAGAUGGAAAGAGAUCCGCUCGCUUUGAACGCCAAGUUAGGUUACUUCACACACUUCGGGAAUGUACUGGAUCUUUGUGCAAUUGCUGUCCCGGCCACUACGUACCAAGAAGGGGGUGAGGUAUUGCCAUUUGGUGUGACAUUACUCGGUGCUACGGGUAUGGAUGGGAAGAUCUUCGAUAUCGCCAGAGAAUUCGAGCGGACAGCAUAA